UAGAUAUAAAAUAAAAUAAGAUCGACAUAUGGAUUUGACAUACUCCCAACCAUCGCCGGGAAUGUGCCGCGCUGUGCCGAGAAAACCUGAGGUUUUCCGUGAUCUGGGGAAUUUACUUUUGCGAGACAGACUAUGCCGAGCCGGGAAAACGUAUGGUUUUCGAAAGCUGUAGUUUCGUGAAGGUGAAUUUCCGGAUUGACAAUAUCUGGUUUUUAAAACCAGAAAAUAUGGGUCAGGAACCCGCUGACAAAUGUCAGGACUCGGGCCAAAAGACUGACGUAAAAAAGGUGGUAGUGCGGAGGUCACAUGAUUGCUAAGCGAUCGGGGGUUUCGCGAAAUGAAACCCAGAGAAGGGUAAUCUCGCGCUCACUUCAAUUGACCACUGGCCUCACUACACUUAAGGGAGUACUGACGGUACGUAGCUAGUCAGCUGAGAGAUCGCUCCGACUCAUCGUUGACUCACGUUGUUACGGUUGGCAGUUUGGCAACGUCGCAUUCAAUCGCGCUUCUGAUCGGCUUUAUAGGGUAUGUUCGAUACGGGAGCAGUAAAUCGCCAGUAAACUCAUUUGGCAACAGUGCAAUGUCAGAAUUAUAUCUUGAUGUCUCACAACGGUCAGAUACGGUUUCUGACUACUGGAGCUGUGUUCCGCAUCCCAAAACACAGGGAUUCCGCGAAUCACAAACAAUGAAAUGACCGCAAGCUCAGUUUUUCGUUGUUGAGUUUUGUUCACUCGUAUAAAGUUUUGUGAAUAUAGUUCAAUAAUAAUGGAUCAAGUAAAUAAACAACAAAGAACUUUAGUUGAUCCGAAAACUAAGGAAACCUUCAAGGUCCUUGUAAACGCUGAAGAUGUUGAAAAAAUCGAAAAUGGUAAAUACAUAACCUCACGAUUUGUACCUAACAACUUAUUGUGCUUUCUUUCAAUAUUGUAUAAUUAUAAUUUCAGAUCCAAUUUAUCAACAUAAAAUGUUGAAAGACAUAAAGAAGGUCAGAGAUGAAACAAAUUGCUUAAAGCUAGGCCAAGCAAAUAAUUUAGUUCAACUGCAGGUAAUGGAUACAUCUGAUAAAAUUCAUUCCUUGAUGGUUCCUGUUGCUAAACGUGAUCGAGCUUUAAAAGAUGUAGCAUAUGCCAGUGAAUUAUUACAUGAACACUUAUCGGCUUUGCCUAGUUCAUCUAAUGCUAGACAGAAACAAUACGGAGACUGAUGCCAUGAAAGAUGGAGUAUUGAACGCUGAAAAGGAUCCAGUAUUUGAGUUAACAUUGAUAGAACCUUCAACAAUGGAGAAAUUCAUGUUUUUCGUUGACCAGGAAACUUUUAACCGAGCACAGAACGAUAUCUCGUUUGCGACAUAGUUAUUAGAGAAUCAUAUGGCAGCUUUAGAUAAACAAAAAUCAAAUUCUGUAUCGACAUUCAUGGAGGCAAACAAUACUAGUAAUGAAGAACUGCAAAAUGACACUGAUGAAUUGAAAAAUCUCAUUAAAAUGUAUGGGAACGAUGACAUUAAUGAUGAUGAAUCCAGUAGUAAACAGACUGGUCGUUAUGUUUGGAGUGACGCAGAGAUACUUCUUUUAAUUAAAUUAUAUAAAGACAAUGAUGCUGCUUAUAAUGAAGGCAAGAUGACGUACAAAACUUUUUGGAAAAGAAUUACAGAUGGCAUGGUGUCUAAAGGAUAUAACGUAACUACAAGUCGAUGUACUUCAAAAAUGGACUCCCUCAAAAGAAUGUACAAAAACGUAAAAGAUCAUAACGCUCAAAGCGGAAAUGAUAGAAAAACAUGUAACUUUUAUAAAGAGCUGGAUGAACUGUACAAUAAAAAACCAUGGAUAAAACCACUGUCCGUGGCUGGAUCAAAUUUGCCUUUAGGCAAUGUGGAUAUUAACAAAAGACCAAGUACCUCACGAAAGCGUUCAAAAUCAGCACUAGAAGACCUAAAAGCAUCAUAUUUAGAGCAGUCGUUAGAAAUAAAACGCUUGAAAAGGGAAGAUACAGAAAAUUACAGAAAGGAAAAAUUAUCUGUUAUGAAAGAUUUCUUACAAUUUCUUAGAAAAUAAGAAGUAGUAGGUGCAAUUACUGCAAG